AUGACAAAAAGGUUGGAAAAAAAGUUUAAAAAUGUUGAUUUAGGAAUUGAGUUAACAUCUUAUAUUGACAAACAGCAAAAUAUUUGGUUUCGAGGAAAAGAAGUUGCUGAGUUACUUGGUUAUAGUAAUGUAAGAAAAGCUAUUUGUAAACAUGUUGAUAAUGAGGAUAAAAAACAAAUAUUUACUUAUCAUACCAGCGUACCCAAAAUGGGCACGGUGGCACCAAGUGGUAGUAUGUGCACUUAUAUAAAUGAAAGUGGUUUCUACUCCCUUGUUUUAUCCUCUAAAUUAGAAACCGCCAAAAAGUUUAAACAUUGGAUUACCUCAGAAGUACCUCCAUCAAUAAGAAAAUAUGGCUAUUUUAAAAUGUUUGACAACUCAAAUAAUAAAAUGUUUAAGAUUGAAAAUGAAAUGGACCUUCACUGUAAAGUUGUUGAACUAAUUAGAAAUUUUUAUCCAAAUGCUAUUGUAGUUCCAGGACUUUGGGAAAACCAAGAUACACGAGACAAAAGAAUUAACAGUUGGAAAAAAGGCUAUAUGCGAGGUCAACCAGAUCUAAUGAUUCUUGAUUAUCACAAAGAUUAUAAAGGUCUCUGUAUCGAAUUCAAAUCACCAACUAAUAAUUACUGUAUAUCAGAAUCACAACUAAAAAUGAAAGAAAAGUACUAUGAUAAUGAACAUGCAUUCAUACUAAGUAAUGAUUAUGAUAAGAUC